AUGAUCGCCGCCAACAACAGCUUCGACGUCAUCAUUAUCGGCGCGGGGAUUUCUGGCAUCAACUCUGCCUUCCGCCUCCAGGAAGGCAUACCUGACUACUCAUAUGCCAUUCUCGAAGGGCGCGGGGAAAUCGGUGGCACUUGGAGUCUGUUCAAAUAUCCCGGUAUCAGGUCCGACUCGGAUCUUCACACUUUCGGUUUCCCCUGGGAUCCGUGGAAGGAAGAUCGUUCCAUCGCCGACGCCGCGUCGAUUCUGCGUUAUGUGCAGGGCACCGCCGCGAAACACGGGAUCGACAGCCACGUCAAGUACCAUCACAAGGUCGAAAGCAUGAAUUGGUCAACCGAGAAUCAACAUUGGGAACUCGAUGUCACCGUGAAUGGCGUGGAGAAGAGGAAAUUCUACUCGCGCUUUAUCCUGCUCGGGACCGGCUAUUAUGACUAUACGCAAGGCCUGAACACGCAAAUCCCUGGCAUUGACAAGUUCCGAGGAACCGUGGUGCACCCGCAGUUCUGGCCAGAAGAACUUGACUAUACGGACAAGAAAGUCGUCAUCAUUGGCAGUGGCGCCACCGCUGUGACUCUCCUCCCCGCCAUGGCCGAUAAAGCCAAGCAUAUCACCAUGCUGCAACGAUCACCGGGCUACUUCCUGACUGUGCCCCUCACGGAACCCAUCGACGGCAUGAUCAAGCGAAUCUUCCCCGAGAAGUGGGCAUAUCAACUUAUCCGGCUCAGAUUCCUCCUUGUGGGCUUUUUAUUUUUCCAGUUCUGUCGUCUGUUCCCCAAGAAGGGUAUCUCGAUCCUCCGCCAAGAAACAGAGAAGCAGUUGCCUGAGCAUAUCCCGUUCGAGCCGCAUUUCGUCCCCAAGUAUAACCCUUGGGAACAAAGAAUGUGCAUCACUCCUGGUGGGGACUUCUUUGCAGCUCUGCGCAAAGGCAAUUCUGACGUCGUAACGGACACGAUUCAAGACAUCUCCGGCAACCAAAUCACGCUCUCUUCAGGGAAGACGAUCGACGCAGAUAUCAUCAUCACAGCCACCGGUCUGAAGAUCCAAUUCGGCGGUGGUGCGACCGUCACGGUCGAUGGCGAACCCUACGGAAUGAACCAAAAGUACAUCUGGCGGGGCGCUUUACUCCAGGACCUACCCAACUUUACAUUCAUCUUUGGCUACACAAAUGCCAGUUGGACACUUGGUGCCGACGCCACCGCGCAAUUGUGGGUUCGCCUGCUCAAACAGAUGAAAGCCAAGGGUAUGAGCAGCAUGGUCCCACGUUUGAAUGAGAAGGAAGGUGUGAUGGAGGUGCCGCUGUUGAAUCUGAAUAGCUCUUACAUCAAGGCUGCUCAGGAGGCGAAUACACUACCAAAGGGUGGUGAUCGAGGCCCAUGGUUGCCGCGGAGCACUUACCUGAAGGAUAUUUGGCAUGCAAAGUUUGGAGACAUCAGCACCGGGUUGCAGUUCAAUCGCAUCUCGACAUGA